GAAGUUCAUGCUCAUUAAGCAUUUUGACUUCCCCCUUCCCUCCCCUCUGCGGGUGUUUGAGAUGAUAGUAGCUCCACAGGAGGAGUAUCCUCUGGUGUGCAUCGGUGUGUCUCAGGGCUCCAGCCCUAACCCUCCAGUCGCUGUAGAAUACAUGAACCUCAACUCCAACACUUCCUGGUUCACCAGAUCCGGUCUUGAAAAACCUGUUCCAGACGUGGUACAGGUAAACCAGCUGGAUGGUAAUUCACUGCUUGUCCUUUUAGAAAGUAAGUGGAACACUGUCUUUGAACUUUUUUUUCUGACUCUGGUUUAUGCCUUCUAUGUUAAGAGUUUGUAG